AUGUGCUCCACCUUUCCUCACCCCAAGAAAGAAAGUCCAUGGGAGCACAUACUGAUAAGAGCCGCCCGAGAGAGAACAUCAAAAGAGACGCCGUCCCCCGUCCGUCAUUCUGCCGCCGGAGGAGCCAGGAAAUUUAGAGAGUAUGCGAAAACGAGAGAGCGGGUGAUAGAAAAAGGAACCUCGAGCAGCUCAGUUACUGGAAACCAUAUACUGGCGAAUUAUCCAGAUAUGGGACCGAUUCUAAUGCUGAGCAAUGGAUUCUUGGAGGUCGCCAACAACACGCAGAGACGCAAGUGUCAAAGAUGUACUUGUCCGAAUUGUAAGGCAAUAAAACAUGGUGAUCGUGGAGCUCAACACACUCAUAUGUGCAGUGUACCUGGAUGCGGGAAGACUUAUAAGAAGACGAGUCAUUUGAGAGCACAUUUGAGAAAACACACCGGAGACCGUCCAUUCGUUUGUGAUUGGUUUGAAUGUGGAAAACGAUUCGAUCGAAGUGAUCAACUGAUUAGACACAAAAGGACGCACACCAAGGAGUAUAGUUGA